UACGUUUAAGUCGCGAGCGCCUGCCGCGCCGCGUACUUCGCUCCUGCAUCGCAAUACGUCUGUAUCUUUUUCAUUGAGGAAAAAAAUCGACCCUACUCUUAAAGCGUGCCCGGAACGUUUGAAAUAAGGGAAGGAAGUAGGGGCGCGUGGGACUGACUCGCGCUUAGUCACUCACCGCUUUCCGUGGUGAACGCAUCGCUCGGAGGAGAUUGCUUCUCGCGCUACUCAUUGAAAGUUCUCAAUAAAGUCUAAAAUACAAUUAUAAUCGGUAUCGGACAGUAAUUAGUGUAAAGACCAGGAACUCUCAGUAGUUUAAAUCAAACUUCCAAGACUUUGUAAAAGGAUCGAGAAUUUUGUUUAAUUAUUUAUUUUCUGGCAAUACCUUCGGUGUCCAUUUUUUUCAACUAUCACCAAAGUGAAAUCUUAUGCCCGAACUGACUAAAGUCCUAAUUAUUGUUAACCACGGAACGCGCAGUUUUUAGUGAAGAGUAUUCAGGCAUCUGCACUCCCGACAGGAGCAUGUGGUUCGUGUGACCGUGAGGUGCUCGAAUGAGGAACGAUGAUUGGCGUCGCCUGGAGGAUCCUCGGGAUCCUACUCCUCGUCUGCGAUGUCGUCCCUACGCAUCUUGUCGGGUCCACGGAAUCGCCGGAAAUUAUCGAAGAACCGGAUAACUAUACCACUACUACCAGGAGGAUAUUGCCGGACAGGUGUUUAGUCAAGAUGGAACCGGGACCUUGCAAGAAUUAUAUUCACAAGUGGACCUUCAAUAAUGCUGAAGGAAAAUGCCGGACGUUCCUGUACGGCGGUUGCCUUGGCAAUGAAAAUAGAUUCAAUUCAGAAAUUGAAUGUCUUUAUCAUUGUGUCGGAGGACCAGAUCAUACUCUACCCUCUUAUAUGGUGACAAAGGGUAGUGUCUUUGUUACCACGAGUACAACAACGACAACUGUCUCUCCACCAACAACAGCAAGUAGACCGCCACCCACAUUUCUACCGCCGAAGUCAACAAGACCUCCUGUACCUAAACACGAGCGUGGAAAGGAAUUGACUUUUAUGGAGUCCGGACACGAGAAGACAUUUAUGUUCGCUCAGAACAAUACGUUUAUACAGUUGGAUGGCAGUGGAAUUAAGACUUUUCAGCUGAGAUUGUGUCGUGAGAUUUCGUUUAAAUUUCGAACAAAGUUGCCACAUGGUCUCCUGGUUUAUCACAGUGUCAAGGACAGACCUGAAGGUCUUGAUCCUUAUGCACUUUAUGUAAUUGUCGAAAAGGGUCAACUCAAGGUGGUCCAUGUCUUUGGAAAGAAAUCUACCAGUCUGACAGUCGGUGAAGGAUUGAAUAGAGAUCAAUGGCACAGUGUCCUAGUAAGAAUAGAUGUGCACGGUGCAAAGUUGAUAGCCCGGGUUGAUGACACUCAGGAAGAGACCACUUUGAAGGUCCUAGAAAACGUGAUCAAUUAUGGAGUAUCCGAAGAACUAGCUUCUGUAGUUCUGAUUGGAGGAAUGAACGCUUUGAGCCUAGACAUUUUACAUUUCAGAUUAAAUAAUUUUACUGAAUUGUCAGGUCUAAGUUCUGAAGAGCGACUGCACGGUGUGAAGUACAUCAUCGAGUCAUUCGUAGGCUGUAUAAGAGACAUGGUACUCAGUUCCGGAAAAUCAGCCAGUGAUUUGUUACCUAUCAGACCGUUGAUCGCCACAAAACAUGAGAACGUAAAGGAAGGCUGCAUAGAUAAGUGCAAGACCAGAGAGAAUCUCUGCUUCGUGGGCAGUCAGUGUGUGAACCAUUACAAUAGUCUAACGUGCAACUGCUUUGGUACGAGAUACGAGGGGGAAAGAUGUGACGUUUACACUGCUACGAUUUUAACUCUGAGAGGAUCCUCGUACGUGUCGUUCAGGGUCUACGACUGGAAGGACCGUGUCCAUUCGUCGGUCAACAGGAUUAGCUUGGUCUUCAAGACUAGAUGGGACGAUUCUGCACUUUUCUAUGCAUCCGGAGAGAUCGAUGGUACAGCGCACUACGUUACUGCAUCAAUACUCAAUAAAUCUGUACACGUAGCUCUGGACUUUGGACACGACUCGAAAGUCGGCACUGCUCUUGGACAAUACAUUACUUCAAAUCACUGGAAUAAUCUGACCAUCUUCCAUAAUGGAUCUUUGGUAUUUGUCAGUUUGAACGACGAGGUAAAGAUACUCGAGAUACCUGGUGAGAAUUACAAUAUGAUAAUAGACCCAGAGAUCUAUAUAGGCGGUGGUCCAGAAUUGUAUAAGAAGAAGGGAUUACUCUCCUAUAAUAAUUUUGCAGGUUCCAUGAAGUACGUCUUUUUCAAUGACAAAUCUAUCAUUUAUGAAUUGAAAAGAUCUAAUCCAAUGGUUCACUAUAUUGGCGUCUUAGAACCAGAGUACUACGAAGCCGACGUAGAAGUGAUACCCAUCACGUAUCCGUUCGCCGAGAGUCACAUAUGGUGGCCCAUAGAGACUACUGAUUCUCUUAAAUUAAAUUUUGAUUUUAAAAGCUCGACACCCAUAGCGGUGGUAGCUUCUGGGGACGUUAAAAGUGAUCUUGGUUCUGGAUACUGGGAGGUACGGCUAGUGAACGAUGAGAUUCGUUUUCAUCUGAUACCUGUCUUGACUGACAACGUUACCGUUUUAACGGCCGUCAAGAUUCCACCUUAUAGUACGUCCUGGCAUGCAGUCGAACUUGACUAUUCUAAAGGAGAUCUUAACAUAAUGGUGGAUUAUAGAAAUAAGCAGAAUAAAUUCUUUGCUAUGACCUUCGAACUUGGUGAUAAAGUUAUUAUUGGUAGCGGCAAGAGUAAUGCUGGUCUUGUUGGUUGCAUGAGGGAAAUUCGUGUGAAUGAUGAAAGAAUAGAGCCAAGAUAUGUGAUCAAUACUAAACGAGUUGUUGGAGAAGUUGCCCUGGAUAAUUGUCAAUUUGUGGAUCCUUGCAAGAGGCCUAAUACUUGUGAACAUGGUGGGAAAUGUUCAGUAAAGGAAGACAGGAUAACUUGCGAUUGUACUGACACCGGGUACAUUGGAAAGAAUUGUCAUUUUGCUCAGUACAGAAAGACUUGCGAGGAGCUUGCUCUACUUGGUUACAACCAGGAUGACGUCUAUAGGAUAGAUAUUGAUGGGAACGGAAGAUUUCCACCGGCUUUAGUGAAAUGUGAAUUUCAGUCGAUAGAGGACUCGACGAAGACAAUCGUCGAGCACAAUUUACCAUCUCAGGUGGACGUUAGGUCCAUUACUGAAUCCGAUUUCUCAUUCAGCAUCAAGUAUAGGCAAUUCACAGCCGAGAUGCUUCAAGAGCUCAUUUCUCAUUCACUGUACUGCAGUCAAUAUGUCAAGUACGAUUGUUAUAAAGCUCCACUGGAACUUCACAGCGCUACCUGGUUUUUGGGUUCGAAGGGAACUACUGUGAAUUACAUUGGAAACGUGAAUAAAGGAUCCUGUCCCUGUGGAAUGAACAGAACUUGUGUGAAUCCAAAUUUGAGUUGUAACUGUGACGUGUCUGCCGGCAAAUGGUUGUCCGACGAAGGAUAUUAUGAGAGUCCUAACUCUCUGGGGAUUAUCGGUAUGGUCUUCUUACAACAGCGAGACCUGGAGGAGGAUGCUCAAGGAAGAAUAACAUUGGGUCCUUUGGAAUGCGUGGAGACUAAUACACAAAAGUAUGUGGUGACGUUUACAACUUCCCAAUCCUACAUUGAAGUUCCUGGUUGGAGAAAGGGAGACAUAGCUUUUAGUUUUCGAACAACCGGAGAGAAGGCAAUUCUUCUUUAUCAGCCACCAAUAAGAAGCAACUACCCUUCCUUUAUGGUGGCAUUGACAUCCGAUUAUCAUCUAACAUUCAAUUUCACUCUGAACACUGGUACCAUUAGAGAAUUAGAAGUGAAGAGUCGCAGGAAAUUGAAUAAUGGCGAGUGGCAAAAGAUUUGGAUCGAUUACAAUGAUUAUCACGUACGAUUUAUGAUAAACACUGACUUUCAAAUGGUCGAACUCUUACCUGAGGAGGAAUUUGGGCCCUUUGAGGGAUCAAUGUUCAUAGGGGGAGCUACAGCAGAGCACCUAAGAACUUCUUCAGUUCGACAAGGCUUGAUAGGUUGCUUCCGGGGUUUGGUUGUUAAUGGCGAAAUUCUCGACAUACAUAGUUACAUGUCUGUUCAUCUAUCAGAAAUUAUAAAAGACUGUAAACCCUCCUGUCAGCCUAACAAGUGUCAAAAUGGUGCGAGAUGCGUGGAACUCUGGAGCAACUUUGAAUGCGUUUGCGAAAACAAAUGGGCGCACUUGGGAACUUAUUGCGAAACCAAUAUAAAUGAUAAGGCAUUGACAUUCACGUCACCGGGGGCCUUCCUUAAGAAGAAUUACUUUGGUACGGGCGAUGACGAGGAAAAACUUCUGCUGAAGAGCAUGCUCGUGGAGAACAUCCUGAUCAACCUGAGGACGUACGACACCCACUCGCUGAUUCUCUACGCGAAUGAUCAUCUGAAUAAUUUUGUUCAUCUCUACAUUUCGAAUGGGACCAGCAUCGUCUACCUGUUCAACGCCGGGAACGAAAUCAAAAACAUCACCAUGGAGUACCCAGGAGUCAAUACUGGAAUCUCUAUACAAAUAGCAAUUAUACGUGGAGAGAAAUCCACGACAUUACAUGUUAACGAGCAGAAUGUGACAUUGGAUGCCAGUCCUUUGCAAUUGGAUUCCUAUUCUAACAAACCCUGGACAAAUCCUGAGAAGGAGGUUCUGGCACCGCAGCGACCACCAGCUCCCCCAACAGAUUAUUUCCAAGUCAACUUAGGCGGAUUUGAUUCAGACAAUUUAUUAAGGGUCGGUACGGAGGGCACCCUUACCCAAGGGUAUGUGGGUUGUCUACGGGGGUUAAUGAUUGCUGAAUAUCUGGUUGAUUUACCAAAUCUAGCCAGUGAAGCUAAUCAUGAAGGUAGUAAAGGCGUACUGCCAAAUUGUCGAAUGAAGUGCGACGCGGUGCCCUGUAAAAAUUUGGGUAUCUGUACUGAAGACUUCAGGAGGCAGGAGUCCUCCUGCAACUGCGAGUUGACUUCAUAUUUUGGCGAAUUCUGUGCCGAUGAAAAAGGCGCAGACUUCAGUGGAGAGAGUGUUUUACAACGCGAAUUUAAUAUAGAAGGAGAAGUGAAUCAGGUCAAAGUUCAAUUGGCCUUUUCGACAAAUGAUCUCCGUCAGCGUACAACGGCUUUGCUUCUUCUUCAAACUGAAAAUAAGAGGAGUUAUUACCUGUUGGUAGCGUUGACUUCCGAAGGUCAAUUGAUCUUUGAAGAGGACAGAGAGGGAUCUGCAUAUGGGGUUCGUGUAAAUGAUCGAAACUUCCUUAACGGUGGCCGACAUAGUGUUUACUACGUACGGGACAACAAUACGUCAAUUUUACUAAUCGACAGAGAACCCGUACAACUUCUGCCUAUUCCGGUCUUGAGUCUAGCCGACGAUGCCGACGAGGAAGAUGACAGUCCUGGAGCAACGGAGAUUCAACUAGGCGGUCUAAACACUACCGAUCCUAGAUUCAGCGCAUAUAAAGGAUAUACAGGAUGCUUAAGCAACGUGGUGGUAUCCAUCAACGGAGAUGCAGGAAUGAAGCCUUUGGAAGAGUACAUGCUCUUCACGAAGAAGGGUAGCGAAACAGUACGGGCUACAAUACCAGCCGGUGUAAGGAGUGCACAGUGUGCAGUAUUUCAUGCUCAACCACGAGGACCAGAACCUCCCAGGAACGACAGCGUGGGCCGGGAAAAAGCUUGGGUGGAAGAUCCUCCCGAGAGGAUUCUAUACAAAUCGCAGUACUCGGAUGCGACUAAGGAAGAACAAGGUGCAGGAACUUACAUAUUCAUCGUCCUCUGCUGCGUCUUCGUGGCAGCUGUGAUAGGCUGCUCCUAUGAAGUAUGGCGAAGUGCUCGGAAGGAUAGGAGGCGCCGAAGAUCCGGAUCAACUGGAGCUGGUGGCGGGUCGGCUUCGGGUUCCCAGAGAUGGCAGCCACCGUAUAAUGACUCCAUGGUAACGUCGACUGGUGUGAAAAGUGUCGGAUUCAAAAAUGUUGGAGAGGAGGACAAGAGGCCAAAUGGUACUCAUGCCAAAUCUAUUUCCAAGGAAUAUAUAGCGAUUCCGAACUCCGAACCCAAGUCUGAUUUAGUAAAUGAAAAGAAAGUCCACGCGAAAGCAGACGAGGAAUCAGAGAAGAAGGAGCUCCUAGGGUCUAUGGAAGAUCUGAGAGAGGAACCGGAAUUGGAGGAAGAGUCCGAAGAGGAGGUCGAAGAGGAGAGUCCCAGUAUCAGUAGCGACCCGGAUGCAGAAAUACUCGUGAAACCGUCACCGGCCGGUGUACAGGAUGGAGAUAAAAAUCAUUCCAGAUCUUGGGGAACUGGCUCGGCAGAUUUUUCAAAGGUGCCGAUGUUCAACAUGUCGCCGGUUUUUCUCUCAGAUGAUCGGCGAACCUUCAACAAUCCUAUCAGCUAUCUCGGUGGACCGAGAUUCCAGCCGAGAAACAAGACGUCGAUCGAAUCUGUCUUGUCUGUUGAUUAACUUUAUCAUCACCUAAUGAAAUAUUUAGGAAGAAGAUAUACGCACGUCGUAUAUUAUAGUUCUAUACAUACAGCUCCUAGUCAAGUUUUCAUUGAACUGUCUGUACAGCCUCGUUCUAGCUAGACAUUAGUGUAUGCAUUCACUAUAGCACAAAGACAUCCUGACAACGUACUCAGAUUGUCUUAAGUUACUUUUCCGAUGCUUUUUAACGAGUGUCUAAUUUUUAUUUCUAGGAUAUCUUUAUUAUGAUGUCUAUUUCUAUCUUAUAUAAGAGAGAUUUCAAAAGUCGAAGCUAAACAAAACAUGGUCGCCUUUGACAAAACUGUUUCUCUUUAGUUAAUUAAAAAUUAUUGAUACUUUAACGUUUUAACGUUGUCAAUGUGAUUUUAAAGAUCUUCAAAUCAUACUUGCGUUUAAUGUCAAAUAAAUAUGUUUGGUCAUGCUCUUCGUUACACAUUUUCAAUAAACGACACAGCGCUUCAUGCGAGUAA